AUGACUAUUUUCAAAGUCCACGAGUAUAGUGGAACAAUCCACGCCCCUAUCGGAGAAGUUUGGGCUCUUCUUUCUGCCUUUGGUUCUCCAAGACUAUGGAUGCCCAACUGCAUCCUUACAACUGUAGAGGGGUUCGGUAUUGGUUCUACGCGAACAAUCGCUUUUGACACAAACCCGGACGUCAUGAUCCGGGAAACACUCGAUCGCGUUGACGUCACAAAGUACAGCGUUCGUGUCCAUAUUGACCGGGACGACCUUCCAGGAAUUGAUUCCUACGGUACUUUCUCCUUGAAGCAAAUUUCGCACCAUGAGACAGAAAUGAUGUGGCUUGGGGAGUCCUCGAUCCCCGACGAGGAGGGCAGGGCGGUCCUCAAAGUCUGGCUUGACCGCACGUACAAGGGAUUUGAGAAGAGUCUGAACAAGUUACUGGCUCAUUAA